CAUAUAAAAACACGGCGAGACGCGGCUAGUUUCCCACACCAGAAACCUCCAUUCCAAUCUUCAUCUCAGCUUUCACUACUUCCAACAUCUCUUCACCUCGCCAUGGCUGACAUCAAGCAAUCCUUCGAGGCCGGCCAGUCCGAGGCCAAGCAUGCGGACCAGGUGGGCCACGCCGCCGAGGCCGUGCACGACGCCGCCGCCGCCGCCGUCGAGGGCGGGAGCCUGCAGGCGCACCGCGCCGCCGAGACCGUCCAGGAGGCCGGCGAGCAUGCCACCCACGCGGCGGCCGGCGCUGCCGGGGCUGCAGCAGACGCGGCGGCAGGCGCUGCCGGUGCCGCAGCAGACGCGGCGGCCGGCGCUGCCGGUGCUGCGGCGGACGCGGCGGCAGGCGCCACCGGCGCUGCCCACUGAUUCCGAAACGAGAAGAGCCAGAAUGCUGCGCCGGGAGAGCCGUCCUUCUGAUAUAAUUCCUACUACUAGCAUGCACCGCAUGCCUAACUUCUAAGAAUGACGUCCCUUUAAUUUCCAUUAUGUUGUAAUACUAAUUACCAUCCGAUUGAUGAUCCAUGGUGUAACUUUAUUUCCUCAAAGAUGAAAGUCUAUCAUGGCUUUCUUUUGUUUGUUUACACUAGUAAAAAUGCCCGUGUGUUGUAUAGUGCACAUUAUAUUAACCUGAAUCACAGCUCCUUACAAACAUAUUAUUACA